AUGGCUGUUGGAAAGGAGAACACGGAGGUGGUGGCGGAGGUACCGAUGGAUAAAGAUGGAGAGAUAGUGAAGCCACGUACGGACAAGAGAGAGUACAGAAGGAUUGUUCUCAAGAACUCUCUUCAAGUGUUGUUAAUCAGCGAUCCAGAGACUGACAAAUGUGCUGCUUCAAUGAACGUUAGCGUUGGAUCAUUCUCGGAUCCAGAAGGGUUAGAUGGGCUUGCUCAUUUUCUUGAGCAUAUGCUGUUUUAUGCAAGUGAGAAGUACCCAGAGGAAGAUAGUUACUCCAAGUACAUCACUGAGCAUGGAGGGAGUACAAAUGCUUAUACAUCCAUUGAAGACACAAACUACCAUUUUGAUAUAAACACUGACUCUUUUGAUGAGGCUUUGGACAGGUUUGCACAGUUCUUUAUUAAACCACUGAUGUCUGCUGAUGCCACCAUGAGGGAGAUCAAAGCUGUAGACUCUGAGAAUCAGAAAAACUUGUUGUCUGACUCUUGGCGUAUGCGUCAGUUACAGAAGCAUCUAAGCAGAGAAGACCAUCCAUAUCACAAAUUUAGCACAGGGAACAUGGAUACUCUUCAUGUACAACCUCAAGCAAAAGGAAUAGAUACAAGGAGUGAACUUGUUAAAUUCUAUGACAAGCACUACUCUGCCAAUAUCAUGAAUCUGGUUGUUUAUGGCAAGGAAAGCCUUGACAAAACUCAAUGUCUAGUAGAACGGAUGUUCCAGGAAAUCCAAAACACCGACAAGAGUGUCCCUAAAUUUCCUGGUCAGCCGUGUACUCCAGAUCAUUUGCAGGUUCUUGUGAAGGCUGUACCUAUAAAGAAGGGCCACAAGCUUACCAUUUCAUGGCCUGUAACACCUAGUAUCCAUCAUUAUGAAGAAGCCCCAUGCAUGUACCUUGGUCAUUUAAUUGGUCAUGAAAGCGAAGGAAGUUUGUUUCAUGCGUUAAAAGAAUUAGGUUGGGCAACAAGACUGUAUGCUGGUGAAGGAGACUGGACUAUGGACUAUUCUUUCUUUGAUGUUUCAGUUGAUCUUACUGAUGCUGGCCAUGAGCAUAUGCAUGAUAUUAUAGGGUUGUUGUUCAGACACAUUAAGCUCUUACAACAAUCUGGUGUUUCCCAGUGGAUUUUUGAUGAGCUCUCAGCUAUCUGUGAGGCAGAGUUUCAUUAUCAAGCCAAAAUAGAUCCAAUCUCUUAUGUUGUGGAUAUUUCAUCAAACAUGACGAUAUACCCAACCAAGCAUUGGCUCGUUGGAUCAUCUCUACCUUCAAAAUUUAAUCCAGCUAUUGUACAAAAGAUUCUAAACGAGCUGUCUCCUAGCAAUGUCAGAAUCUUUUGGAAAUCAAAUAAGUUUGAAGGACAAACUGACAAGUUUGAGCCAUGGUACAACACUGCUUAUUCUUUUGAGAAUAUAACUGAAUCCACUAUUCAGGAGUGGGUGCAAUCUGCACCUGAUGUAAAUUUGCUUCUACCAGAACCUAAUGUCUUCAUCCCUACAGAUUUUUCAUUAAAGGAUGUUAAAGAUAAGGAAACUUUUCCUGUUUUGUUGAGAAAGACAUCGUUUUCAAGAUUGUGGUACAAACCUGAUACAAAGUUCUACAAACCAAAGGCAUAUGUUAAGAUAGAUUUCAACUGCCCCCUUGCAGCCUCUUCUCCUGAUGCUGCAGUUCUUUCCAAUACUUUUGUUUGGUUGCUUGUGGACUACUUAAAUGAAUAUGCUUAUUAUGCUCAGACUGCUGGUCUUGACUAUGGAUUAAGUCUUUUAGACAAUGGUUUUGAGCUCUAUCUUGUUGGUUUUAAUCAUAAACUGAGGAUCUUGCUUGAAGCUGUCAUGCAAAAGAUAGCAACAUUUGAAGUUAAACCUGACAGGUUUUCUGUUGUCAAGGAAACAAUCACCAAGGCAUACCAAAACUACAAAUUCCAACAACCAUAUCAACAAGCAUUGAGUUACUGCUCAAUGGUUUUACAAGAUAACACUUGGCCUUGGACAGAGGAACUAGAUGCUCUCUCUCAUUUAGAACCUGAAGACUUGGUAAAUUUUGUUCCAAUGCUGUUAUCAAAAACCUUUCUUGAGUGCUACAUAGCAGGAAACAUUGAGAAGAAUGAAGCUGAGUCAAUGGUCAAGCACAUUGAAGAUGUUCUUUUCAACAACCCAAAACCUAUUUCUCGUCCGUUGUUUCCAUCUCAGUUCCUGACAAGUAGAGUUGUAGAGCUGGGAACAGGAAUGAAAUACUUUUACCAUCAAGAAGGAUCAAACCCCAGUGAUGAAAACUCUGCUCUAGUGCAUUACAUUCAGGUUCAUCAAGACGAAUUUGCCAUGAAUAGUAAACUUCAGCUUUUCGGUCUCAUUGCAAAGCAAGCCACAUUCCACCAGCUUAGAACAGUGGAGCAACUUGGUUACAUCACUUCACUUUCUCGGAGCAACUACUCUGGUGUCUAUGGUGUACAGUUCAUUAUCCAGUCUUCAGUUAAGGGUCCUGGACAUGUUGAUUCAAGGGUGGAGUCACUACUCAAGGAUCUUGAGAGUAAGAUUUACAAGAUAAGCGAUGAGGAGUUCAAGAGCAAUGUAACAGCUUUGAUAGACAUGAAGCUUGAGAAACACAAGAACUUGUCGGAGGAAUCUUACUUUUACUGGGAAGAGAUCCAAAACGGGACAUUCAAAUUCAACCGUGUAGAUGCAGAGGUGGCUGCACUAAGAGAGCUAAAGAAGGAAGAACUGAUAAGUUUCUUUGACGAAUACAUAAAGAUUAACGCACCAAAGAAGAAAUCUCUAAGCAUAUGUGUUUAUGGAAACCAGCAUUUGAAGGAAAUGGCGUCUGACAAAGAAGAAGUUGCAUCACCAUUCAUAGAGAUUGAAGACAUUGUUGGUUUCAGAAAGUCUCAACCUCUUUACGGUUCGUUGAAAGGUUGGAACCAGCUGAAACUGUGAGGAGGUUCCAAACUAUUUUCAAGAAAAUACACUUAUUACCAAAACGAUAUCGUCUAUGUGAAUCUCUAUUCAUCUGAAUAUAAUAAACACAGAAGCUGUAGGAAAGAUAUUGUCUCAUCAUAGAACAUAACUUGUGGUAAUAAUAUAAUCAUUGUGUUAGGUUUAUUAUCAGUUCAUCAUGUCCUUAUGAUAAAAAUUGUGACAGCUAAUAACAUGCUGCUGACACUAUUAUCCUGCAAAUCAUUGUUAAAACUCAUUGAAGAUUCUUCUGGUGUGAUUCAAUGAAUGAGAUAUCAAUGUUAACUCUCAGCAGAAUCUUCGGGUGUGAUUCAAUGAAUGAUCGUUCGAUCCAAUAAUUGAUAUUUUCUAAUUCCAAACUCUAUGGACAUAUGGGCAGACCAGUGGGCCAUAUUUGAGAUCUCUCUAUCCUUAAAGAUCCGACAAGAAUAAGCGAAUUGCGAUGCUUGCUGCCGUAAGCAAAGAAUUAUUCCAAAGGGUAUAAAAGAAUCAUUCCAAAAGGCAAAUAACUUGGUCAAAUAAAUGUUAGGGGUUAAACCAAAGAUGCAGCAACCUAACACCGAAACCGAGUCAAACAAAAACAAAUAAGAAACAGAGUCAAUAAAACAAAUUUUCAUCAAUAUCCAAUGAUUUUGGAAUCCAAAGAUUGUUUCAAUGUAUCAUCAAAACCUCACAAGAACAGUCUUCUAAAUUAAUAAAGUAACAAAAAGAAUAUGAUUUUCUUGAUUUUUUUUGGUUGGACAAAUCAAUCAAACAUCAGAGAAUAGCAAGAGAUCUCUAUAGAGCCAUGAAAAAAAUAUUAAUCAAAUUUUCAUCAAUAUCCAAUAAUUUUGGAAUCCAAUGUAUCAUCAAAACCUCACAAGAACAAUUUUCUCAAUCAAUAAAGUAAGCAAAAAGAAUAUGUUUUUUUUUGGUUGACAAAUCAAUCAAACAACAGAGAACAACAAGAGAUCUCUGGCGUCUUCAUACACUUGAGAAGACUUGACACCACAAGCUGCACCAGUUCCAGUUCCUAACCCAACAACUAACCCGGUCGAAUCUUGACCCGAACCACUCGAAACACCACCACCUCCAAGUAAAUCAGUGACGCCGCCGCGACGGUGAUGGCCGUCGGAAGGAGGAUGGUAAUAGAGACGCGCCGUCUGAGGGCAGUGCGAAUGAAACCUAGCCGCUAUUCUCACGCCUAGAUCCAACAUCUCCCCGUACUUUCCCAUUCUUUGAAAGAUCUUUUAUAUUCUUUGUGCUCUUUUUUUUUGUGUUGGUUCUCUUUCUCUUCAAGAGAGAGAGAAAGAGAGAGACGAGAGAAUGAU